UAAUUUAUCGAGCACGUUUUGUUCCUUGUAAGUUUAGGCAAUUUCGUAUGUCAGAACAUAUUAUUAGCAUGUGUAUAUUGUUGACAUUGUCACAUUGAGAACAAGCUUGCAAGUGAAACAAUACACUGCAAUGGGGUUUUGUACAUGUCACAAAGGUGUGGCUAUGCCAUUAAUCUUGUUCCUGCUGCUCAUGUGCUCUCUCACACCAAUCUCAGAUGGAUUAGAUCAAUCUGUAUCUUUCCCCAGCAACUUUCUCUUUGGCACUGCUUCUUCUGCGUACCAGUAUGAAGGAGCUUACUUGAGUGAUGGCAAAGGGAUGAGCAACUGGGAUGUCUUCGCUCACAAACCAGGUAGUAUAGAGGAUGGAAGUAAUGGCGAUGUUGCAGUUGAUCAAUACCAUCGCUAUCUGGAGGACAUUGAUCUAAUGGAAGCUAUAAAAGUCAACAGCUACCGGUUUUCUAUAUCAUGGGCAAGAGUUCUACCAAAAGGUAGAUUUGGAGAAGUCAACUUGGCGGGUAUCGACUACUAUAACAGACUCAUAGAUGCUUUGCUACUCAGAGGUAUCCAACCGUUUGUAACAUUAUUUCACUUUGACAUCCCUCAAGAGCUUGAGGACAGAUACGGAGCUUGGUUAAGUCCACAAUCACAGGAAGAUUUUAAAUUCUUUGCGGAUAUCUGUUUUAAAUACUUGGGUGACAGAGUCAAGUAUUGGGUCACCUUCAAUGAGCCAAAUUAUAUAGUCCCACUUUCUUACCGUGUAGGCAGAUUCCCACCAUGUCGCUGCUCUAGCAAAUUUGGAAAUUGCAGUGAGGGGGAUUCAGAGAAAGAACCCUUUGAGGUAGCCCAUAAUAUGAUCCUAUCACAUGCAGCUGCAGUUGAUAUUUAUAGAAGCAAAUACCAGACUGAGCAAGGGGGAAAAAUUGGCAUUGUCUUACACUGUGACUCAUAUGAGCCGUUAAGCAAUUCCACAGCAGAUAAAUUGGCUACCGAAAGAGCACAAUCGUUCAACAUUAAUUGGAUCUUGGAUCCAAUCUUAUUCGGUAAGUACCCAGAAGAGAUGGAGAUGAUUCUAGGAACCAUAUUACCUAAAUUUUCCAGUAAUGACAAAGAAAAAUUGAAGAGAGGACUGGAUUUCAUUGGCAUAAACCACUAUGCAAGUUACUAUGUCCGAGACUGCAUAUCAUCAGUGUGUGAAUCUGGGCCAGGAGUCUCCAGAACAGAGGGUUUAUAUCUACAAACUUCACUAAAAAACGGUGUCCCAAUUGGAGAGCUUACUCCAUUUAAUUGGCUCAAUAUUUACCCACAAGGCAUGAAGAAAAUUCUUAUCUAUCUAAAAGACAGAUAUAAUAACACUCCGAUGUUCAUUACCGAAAAUGGAUAUGGCAAUUUGAAUGAUCCAGAUCUUACCCAGGAAGAAUAUCUUACUGAUUUCAAGAGAAUAGAGUACAUGUCUGGUCACUUCGAUAAUCUAAUGGCAGCAAUGAGGGAAGGAGCAGAUGUGAGAGGUUACUUUGCCUGGUCCUUGCUCGACAACUUUGAGUGGAAAUCUGGGAUUUCACUGAAAUUUGGACUUCACCACGUGGAUUUUGCCACACUGAAGAGAACUCCAAAAUUAUCAGCAAGUUGGUACAAGCAUUUGAUUGAAAAGUAUACAGAAACUGGAGAGCGUUGUGCCCGAGAAUAACAGGGAAAACAGAAAGGAAAAUACCUAGCUUGGAACCUUAGCAAGAAUGAAAAAUGAAAUGCAUCAUGGUUACUAUUUGGAGCACCUGUUCAUAUUUAUGGAAUGUUGUACUUGUAAUCAUAUAUUUUCGACCCAACACGUUUGACACUAUCAUAAUUAAAAAAUAUAUAUAUUUGAA